AUAUGGGAAAUGUAUUUUACUCUUCAUGCUUUUCCCCUUCGUGCAAGCAAAGCUAAACAAUACCCGUCUUGCCUUCAAAUCGAACUCCUCCCCCGAUCGAUCCCAAUCGAACCCACCAAGCCGAUACCCUAACCCUCGCCCUUCUCGAUGUCGGCCGCCACCACCGGCCCAGCCCCUUCAGUAGCCACUCCGAUGGCGCCCCCUCCGUCCUACCCGGCCUCCUCCACGGCCUCUUCCUCCAUCUCCGCGUCCGCCGAGGAGGAGGAGGACCUCUAUGGCCGCCUCAAAUCGCUCCAACGCCACAUGGAGUUCGUCGAAAUCCAGGAGGAGUACGUUAAAGACGAGCAGAAGAACCUGAAGCGCGAACUCCUUCGUGCGCAGGAGGAGGUUAAGCGGAUCCAGUCUGUACCGCUCGUCAUUGGCCAGUUUAUGGAGAUGGUCGACGGCAACAACGGCAUCGUGGGCUCUACCACUGGCAGCAACUACUACGUGCGGAUCCUCAGCACCAUCAACCGCGAGUUGCUCAAGCCGUCAGCGUCCGUCGCGUUGCAUCGUCACUCCAACGCUCUAGUCGACGUGCUGCCGCCGGAGGCCGACUCCAGCAUCUCCUUGUUGGGAUCGUCGGAGAAGCCCAACGUCACUUACAACGAUAUUGGAGGAUGUGACAUCCAAAAGCAAGAAAUACGGGAGGCGGUUGAAUUACCCUUGACUCAUCAUGAGUUGUACAAGCAGAUUGGUAUUGAUCCUCCAAGAGGGGUGCUUCUGUAUGGUCCUCCGGGUACUGGCAAGACCAUGCUUGCCAAAGCAGUUGCACAUCAUACCACUGCUGCUUUUAUCAGGGUCGUCGGUUCAGAGUUUGUUCAAAAGUACUUGGGUGAGGGCCCUAGAAUGGUGCGUGACGUGUUCCGUUUGGCCAAGGAGAAUGCCCCAGCAAUCAUUUUCAUUGAUGAGGUUGAUGCUAUAGCCACUGCUCGUUUUGAUGCUCAGACUGGUGCUGACCGAGAAGUUCAGCGUAUUCUUAUGGAGCUACUCAAUCAGAUGGAUGGGUUUGAUCAAACAGUCAAUGUGAAGGUUAUAAUGGCAACUAAUCGGGCAGACACUCUAGAUCCUGCUUUGUUGCGUCCUGGUAGACUUGACAGGAAAAUUGAGUUCCCUCUGCCAGACCGGCGUCAGAAGAGGCUUGUUUUUCAAGUUUGCACUGCCAAAAUGAACCUGAGCGAUGAGGUUGAUUUGGAAGAUUAUGUUUCCAGACCGGAUAAGAUCAGUGCUGCUGAUAUUGCUGCUAUCUGCCAAGAGGCUGGCAUGCAUGCUGUCCGCAAAAACCGAUAUGUCAUCCUCCCCAAGGACUUUGAAAAGGGCUACCGAACCAACGUGAAGAAGCCCGAGACAGACUUUGAUUUCUACAAAUGAGUCAACCCAGAGUGUUGAACUCGUUUCUUUCUGCAAAUGAGUCAACCCAGAGUGUUGAACUCGUUUCUUGUUUAUCAAUUGAUUAUCUUUUACCAUCAGCUGAGUUUAUGGAUAGUUGCCAUUACAAAUAUUCAAGUUCCUCAAUGAUGAUGUGUGUUCUGUAAUGAUUUUUUGGAUUGUUUGCCUGUCGUUCAUGGUGAUCUGCUUCA